UCUCCCGCCGCACCCACAGCGCGUCCCGGUGCCUCACGAUCCGAUCAUCCGGCCGCUCCGUCUGUCGCGCCAGACCCGGACUGGGCGCUGUGCCCUGUCUCCCUCUCUGUGUCUGUGCCGUUGCGGUCUCCACAGUCUAUCCACGCUGGGGUCUGACGGGCUGGAGUCAGCUGGGUCGGGAACCAUGAAGGUCCCUGGAGCCGUGCUUCGCGAAGGCGAGCUUGAGAAGCGCAGCGACAGCCUCUUUCAGCUGUGGAAGAAGAAGCUUGUGGUGCUGAGCACCGACCGUCUGAGCCUGUUCCCUGACGGCCCCGCGGCGGCCCGGAGAGGCGCGCGCCCUAAGGAGCUGCGCUUCCACUCGAUCCUCAAGGUGGACUGCGUGGAGCGCACAGACAAGCACGUCUAUUUUACCAUAGUCACCAAGGACCGCAAGGAGAUCGACUUCCGCUGCCCGGACGAGAGCUGCUGGAACGCCUCCAUCACCAUGGCGCUCAUCGACUUCCAGAACCAACGCGCCAUCGAGGAUUUCAGGAGCCGGCAGGAGUUGGAGCGGGAGCGGGAGCGGGAGCAAGUGGGGCCGCCUGAACGCCGGCUGGCUCGCGCGCCCUGA